GCCACCGCCCCUGCUACAGUCGCCGCCGCCAUGCGUUGGGUCCGGGCCCUGCUAAAGAACGCGUCCCUGGCCGGGGCGCCCAAGUACAUCGAGCACUUCAGCAAGUUUUCCCCGUCCCCGCUGUCCAUGAAGCAGUUUCUGGACUUUGGUUCUAGCAAUGCCUGUGAAAAAACUUCCUUCACCUUCCUGAGGCAGGAGCUGCCUGUGCGGCUGGCCAAUAUAAUGAAGGAGAUCAAUUUGCUUCCAGACCGGGUACUGGGAACUCCAUCCGUACAGCUGGUGCAGAGUUGGUAUGUCCAAAGUCUUCUGGACAUCAUGGAGUUCCUGGACAAAGACCCUGAGGACCAUCGGACCCUGGGACAGUUCACAGAUGCCUUGGUCACAAUCCGGAACCGGCACAACGAUGUGGUGCCCACCAUGGCCCAGGGCGUUCUGGAGUACAAGGAAGCCUAUGGUGAUGACCCCGUCACCAACCAGAACAUCCAGUACUUCCUGGACCGAUUUUAUCUUAGCCGCAUCUCCAUCCGAAUGCUCAUCAACCAGCAUACAUUGAUCUUUGAUGGCAGCACAAACCCUGCCCACCCCAAACAUAUUGGCAGCAUCGAUCCCAACUGUGAUGUCUCCGAGGUGGUGAAAGAUGCCUAUGAUAUGGCCAAACUCCUAUGUGACAAAUAUUAUAUGGCCUCUCCCAGCUUGGAGAUUCAAGAAAUCAAUGCCGCCAACUCCAAACAGCCCAUCCAUAUGGUCUACGUCCCCUCCCAUCUCUACCACAUGCUCUUUGAGCUCUUUAAGAAUGCCAUGCGGGCAACUGUGGAGAGCCAUGAGUCCAGCCUUACACUCCCACCCAUCAAGGUCAUGGUGGCCUUGGGUGAGGAAGAUCUAUCUAUCAAAAUGAGUGACCGGGGUGGGGGCGUUCCUUUGCGAAAGAUUGAGAGGCUCUUCAGCUACAUGUACUCAACGGCUCCCACCCCUCAGCCAGGCUCAGGGGGAACCCCUUUGGCUGGUUUUGGCUAUGGACUCCCUAUAUCCCGCCUUUAUGCCAAGUACUUUCAGGGCGACCUACAGCUCUUCUCCAUGGAGGGCUUCGGGACUGAUGCUGUUAUCUAUCUAAAAGCCCUGUCGACAGAUUCUGUGGAACGCCUGCCUGUCUACAACAAGUCAGCAUGGCGUCACUACCAGACCAUUCAGGAGGCAGGCGACUGGUGUGUGCCCAGCACAGAGCCCAAGAACACAUCCACCUACCGAGUCAGCUAGACAGGCUGCCAGUGGAUGAGGCUUUGGGAGGGUUCCCGUUGCUGGCAAGUCCCCUCCUGGCUUUACAAUGAUGAUCAUGAGGACAUAUGGAUCUCUUUAGGGACCGGUCACCCUGGUGACCUCCCCCCCCCACUAUCUGCCACCCUAAGGGGUUGGGGGGAUUUCACUCUGAUGACCUGUCUCUGUUUCCAUGAAAACUAUGGUGAUGCCCUUUACUACACUGACCCCCCAGAUGCCAGUUUCUGUUUCUAUAAAGACCCCUGGGGAUACUCUUCCCUUCGGACCUUCCCCUGUACCCUAACCAUCUUAAAUUGGGGGUGGGGUGGGGAAGAGUUCUCUUUGAUUACCUGACUGUUUCUAUGGCAACUAUAGUGAUGCCUUCACUACAGUAGCCCCCAGGUGCAAUCUUUGUCUCCAUAGAGUCUCCUGGGGAGACGCUUAGGAUGGUCUGCCUGGUUACUUACCCCCCCCACUACCCCAAGGAAAGAGGGAGGGUCUUCUUGAUGACUUGUGUCUAUUUCCUUGGCACCUGGGAUGAUCCCUUCACUACCGUGGCCUCUAGGUGCCAAUUCUAUCACUGUAGAGACCCCUGGGAUGGUGUCCCUGUGAUGUUCCUCUUACCCCGCUGUCACCCCAAGUGAGAGGCCGGGAUUCUCCUUGAUGACCCAGUGACAGUGAGGGCCUCACCACAGUGGCCCCCAGGUCUGUCUUCAUAAAGUCCCUGGAGGGAGACCCCUGGAAUGGUCUCCCUAGUGAACAAUUUUUCUGGUGACGUCUAGCAUAUCUCCUACAGGGGUGUGUCCCAAUGGCAAUUAAAGGGUGGUAACCUCAUCUGUGACAAAAUCUGUCACUUCUCACCCUGGGGAGUGGGACAGUAUUCUGGGUGCUUUGCCACUCAUCUUUUUCUAGUUCUUCCAUCUGGACCCUUCAGGUGGCCUUUUCCUUCUCAUUUGAGCCAUUACUCUCCCCCCCACACACACAUACUCCCCAGGGGUUGGGCUCUUAUCAGUGUUAGGAAAGGACUGGUUGAGGCUGGGACCAAAGAGAAGAGAGGUUACCAGCAACUAGGAGUGGAGCAGAGAGGCUCUGGCCACUAAUGUGUCCACUCAGCUAAUGGGCUUAUCAGGCUCCCAACUUCCAUGGGGUUGAUGAAGAGGGAAAUGUGAGUGGAUGGGAGAAUCCCUCUUCCCAGGGAUAUUGGGGCAAACAUUGGUCUAGUGGGAAAACUACUUUUGAAGGAAACUAAGGACAACCCCAAGUACCAGCCUUCCCAGAGUUCACCAGUCCUUCUGCCUAAGCAGUGUUUUCCUCUCCCUCCUUGGUCUAGGCUCUCUUUCCCAUGCACCCCAUCCUGCCUGAACAACUGCAGUCUCUUGGAUGCCCCCUUCUGUCAUCCCUGCCCUCUUUUUUCCCCCCAAACUGCCCUUGUGCUUGAUGUGGCUUGCUCUCCCCUAAACUGUAUGUACAUAACUAGUUUUGUAUCCCUGGGGUGGCUUCACCCCCUCCCUCUCAUCUGCCCAGCACACGAGAGGUUAAAGUUAUGUGUUCCUCCUGGUGACACCUGGUAAAAAGGAGAUUGAAUGAGA